UAACCACUACUCGUUCAAUAGAACAGAAUGUCCUCUGAGAAACCUACCGCGAUUCGCACGCAUCCCGAGCUUACGGAAGAACAGGAAGCAGCGUUACAUACCUUUCGACGAGAGCUCCUCGAGGAAGGUGCAAUAACAGAUGAGGGAGAUUCCCUUGGGACGCAGUAUGAUUGGGUCCUUUUACGAUUCUUACGGGCACGAAAAUACAACCUAAAGAAUGCGAAGAUUAUGAUUAAGAAUUGUAUUGAAUGGAGGAAGACUGCGCAGGGUGUUGGUGUUGACCAGCUUUACCGUAACUUGGAUCCAUAUGACUAUCCGGAGAGACAGGAAGUCUUCAAGUAUUGGCCGAUUUGGUAUCAUAAGACAGACAAAAAAGGUCGCCCAAUAAACGUCCAAUCGCUCGGCGGAACAGACGUCGCAGCACUCUACAAAGUGAUGUCUCCCGAAAAAUUCUGGGAGACAAUCCUUGUAACUGCGGAAGGAGCGAUGCGCGAAAUCCUACCUGGUUCGUCGUAUGCUGCAAAACGAGUUGUGGAUAGUAUCCUUGUUAUUGUUGAUCUUAAAGAUUUCGGGUUGGGAAAGUUCUGGCAGAUGAAGAACUUGAUUCGGGAUUCUUUCCAGAUUACACAGGAUUACCUACCUGAAACCAUGGGCAUGCUCGUAAUAAUCAACGCACCAUCAACCUUCACUGCAAUAUGGACAGCCGUAAAACCUUGGCUGGCAAAAGAAACUCAAGAGAAAGUAUGCAUAUUUGGUUCGGACUAUGCACCGUUCCUUCUAGAGGAGAUUGACGCGGAGAAUUUGCCUGAGUCGCUUGGUGGGAAAUGUACGUGUAGUGAAACGGGUGGGUGUCAAUUUAGUAAUGUUGGACCGUGGAUGGAGGGGAGGAAGGAAAGGAGGGAGAAGUGGUUGAGGGGAGAGAGGUCGAGACCUGGAUUGGGCUUGGAGGAUGUAGAAGAGGAGGAGAAAGAGAGGGAGGCGAGAGAGAAGGGGGAGAAGGAGGAAGAGAGAGCUGAAGAGGAGAAAGAGGAGGGAGCAAAGAGGUUGAGCAGCUCGCCUGUUUCUCCCCAUUCUGCAGUGCCGAUGAGCGCGAGCGAGAUUUAAUUUCUGCAACUUUUACUUAGCUAUGCUUUCUUGCUUUGCUUUCUUUUGCAUAGAGAUAUUUCUUGGAC